AUGUUACGAUGUUAUGCUUUUGUUGGUUUUCCAAGCGAUCAAAUCAUAGCUAUUGAAAUUGUUCAACUACAACAUAUCUACGUAACGAUCUUUAAUGGUAUUCUCCAACAUCAAGCAAAGCUUCGUCACAAAUCACAGCUCAAAACUAAAUCAACAGAAGGAAACACAUUAAUGCACUUACAUGAUGAAUGCACGGGUGCUCUGAGCGCGGUAAGAGCUUUGAGAAUUUACAAUACGAUAAAAUAUGCUUUUGCUGUUAUCGCUCCAGCUUGA